AUGCUCCUCCCGCAACGUGUUCUUGUCCGCCUCCCUGCCUGUCCUGCCCUCCCUCUUUCUGAUUACAAAUUUCGUUCUGAGACUGCCGAGGACGUCGUUACGCGGAUAAUCUUAUUCUGCCUUCCCCUCGGCACUCUACCUAGCCCUUCCUCGAGUACUUACAAUAGUAGCGUCAGUGGAUGUGCGGCCAGCAAUUAUUCAUUAUCCAGAUUAGGGUCAGCCUCAGAAGAAGAUGAGGAUGAAGGACAAGAAGAAUAUGAUGAUGAAUCGGGUCUGAUUUUUGGCCGGCCUGUAAAGCCUAGCAAGCGAAGGCAGCUUUCAUCGCCUCCUUUAGACGACCUUAUCCUUCCAGGCUCAGGUAGUGCUCAUUUCGGUUUCACUGUGGAUAGUGGUUUGGGCGCCAGUCCUGUUGGAUCAGUUCUUGGAGACACGAUCGACGUCAACUGCUUGGAUACUGGGCUUGAGAAGCUGCCAGAAGCGCUUUGA